UUUUUCGUGGUCUAAUUUGCCGUGAAUUUUUAUUAAAAUAAUAUAAUUUUAAAUCAUAUAUUUUAAAAAUAAGUAACAUUAUUGUGUUUUCUUUUAUUCUAAUGUUAUUUUAUUAUUGUUUAUAAGCUUACAUUGACGCCAUGUUGACUAAAAAUCGCUUGAGGCGUAAUGGCACUUUAACUAUCUUAAAGCAUAAAUUCUAUUGUUGAGUAAGGAUUUUUACGGAGUUAUGACGUGUAUCAGUGUUUAAUAAGUUAGCUGGAAACCGCUAUCGGUUAAAAAUUAUAACAAUGGAGGAGCCAAUGUUCCAACAACCAAAAAUGGAAGAUGUGUAUCCUUCGAAAAUAGAGGGACACUUCCUUGAUGCGAAACCCCAGGAUCAAUACCCCCCAGCUAUGCCUGAAGAUUAUGCUAUGCCUAAAGAAGAACUCGCGUACCCACCUCCUAAGGUCGAAGAUCAAAUCAUACCAAGACCCGGCCCUAUGCCCAAUCGGCCCCCCACGAAAUUCAUAAGCGUCACCAGCUCAGCAUUAACCGAAGAACAGAGAGCCAUGUAUGAGUCUGUUCUAUCGACUUGGAAACCAGUUAUGUUUCCAAAACGGACCAAGCGAUACAUAUGCCAGAAGUGCAACAAGGAAUUCAAGAACUACCAAAACCUAUACCUCCAUACGACAAGGGUGCAUUCUUCCGAGGAGUCAGCGGUUAUCUGUGACAUAUGUGAUAAAACAUUUAAGAAUAAACACUAUUUAUACAUGCACCGGAUGAACAAACACUACUCCGACUCGGAGAAGUGCUAUUGCCAGUUCUGUCUCCAGGAGUUUCGGACGAGGCGAGCCCUACACAUGCAUGUUAAGCGUAUACACCCAAACACAUUGCCAGAAAUAAAAUGUCCGGAGUGCGGUAAAGAGUUCGCCGUGCCGUACAAGUUGAGAUAUCACAUGGACAAUUGCCACAGACCCGACAAAGACAAAUAUAAGUGUCAUAUCUGUCAAAAGUUGUACAAAAGUCACCUGAAUCUGAACAGACAUCUCCAUUUCCAGCACUCGCAAGUGGAGAGACAUCCGUGCGUGUUUUGCCCGAUGACGUUUAAAUCUCGACACCAUAUGAAACGGCACAUCCUAAACAUACAUCCGCCUCUCGAGUCCAAGGUGACCUGUCCCGAAUGCUUGAAGGAGUUCAAGAACGAUCAGUACUUAAAGGAGCACAUGCAAGUUCACACGUCCUUCGAGAAGAAGGUCAAGUGUGACUUGUGUGAUAAGUUCUUUCAUUCAGCGGUACGUUUGAAGAAGCACAAGAAAAUCGUGCACCCGAAUAAACCGAAGAUACGCUGCGAGAAGUGCGACAAGGAGUUCGCGCACGCGCACUACCUGCGCCGCCAUAACAACUCGGUACACGUUGAAGUCGAUGAAAGCAACUACCAGCACGAAUGCGAUCAGUGCGGAAAGAAAUUCAAGAUCAAGAGAUACCUGAACAACCACUUGCAAAGACACGAGCAGCAGCACCUGAAACGCAUAUCGCAGAUGGUGAAAACGGUUAUGGACGACGGGGAAGCCCCACCAAAGACGACGAAGAAACGGGGAAGGCCCCGAAACGCCAGGAAGGAAAUCGAGUUCAUAAAAUGCGAGCCGGUUUCCAGUUCCGAAUCGGAAUCCGGCGAAACGGAUUCCGAAUCAGAAUAAUUGUUUUCUUAAAACCAAUUUACUUAACAUUUAGCUUAAAAUAUGAGCAUUUUAAAUAAGAUACGUUAAAAUAUACCAUUCUUCAGAGGAACCUCAGUCGGGGUGCUAAUUGCAAGGUCAAAGCAAUAACUCAGAAAUGAUUAACCAAUUUUUUCAACUAGUUAAUGCUAGCUCAUUUUGAACGGAUAAAAGUUAGGGCAUAAUAUUUUUAAAUGGUAAUUAUCGAUGUUUAGCUAAGUAUCAGAGAGUUUGAGAAAUAUUUCCGGGGAUAAAUGAUGAAUUUGGGAUGGGAUAGGGGUGAAGUUUUCGAAGAUCGUUUCGACGUUCACUGAAAUGCAAGAUGGUUUUUGAGUUGUUUUCAGAGAGUCGUAUUUGUCGUUAAGCUUAAAACUAGUACUAAUUUCGCCAUUAAUUAUGUCUUUUAAAGUCUUAAAAAACGGUGACGAAAUGGCUGGAAUUCUUAUUGAACCAAUUUUUUAAAUCGUUUUAUGUAGUAACGGACGUUUAAAUUUUCUGAUGGCAUUAAGAUUCUGGAAUAAUGAGCUCUACAGAAAUAUUUCCGUACGCGUUAUCGAACAGCUUAGUUUUCGUAACAGUAAUCAUUUUAUGGCUGUACGAAUAGAUGAACAUCACAAACUUUCAGCUCCUGAUCCACCCAUUUAGGGUGUAGAAAGAAAUGUCCAUGUAAAAUUCCUAACCUUAAGGGUUGUUUUUUUUUUCAAAAAUUUCGGGAGCAUGUCCUUCAAAUAUGACUUUUUAGGGUAUGAUUUCCAAAAAUCUUCAGUCAAUAAGAUCUAAAAUUUAUAUUUUAGUUAACAGCACGAAUUAUAUUUUUCGUUGACAUUAAAAUUGAUGUACGAUAGUUUUCUUUCCAAAAAGCUAUGAAAUACAAUGAAAUAUUCUUUAACUUAUAAGCGCUUAGGGCUUACGCGUGCAAAGGUUUUAAUUAUGUUUAAUGCCAUCAGAAAACUUUUAAACUUAACGUUCCGUCGCUGAGAGGAUGCGUGCUUGACGUCUGUCAAAGUGACAUAAGAAUUUACGAAACUGUUACAAUUCGGUGAAAUAUCAUUCACAGAGAGUCCACUUCUAUUAUGCCUUCAAAUUAAAUUAAGCCUGUAAUCUCGACAGCACCGAUCAAUCUCCAUCGUGUCUUCUCCAUCGCACGUGACAUUGGCGAAAUAAUCUGUGCC